UUUGGGCUGUAGAGGACUGAUAAGACAGUUCCUCUUUGGACAGAGUCAAGGAAACGACCUCUUAAGUAAAUAUGCGGACGGUUGUACAUGUGGACUGCAUUAUUCAUCCGUUUUACACUUCGUUUUAGCUUGUCUGUGCACAGGGUUUACCUGCCCCCUAACGUUGUCUGCUCAGGUCCUGUUUAUAUUCUGAGUUCUUGUGAUAUCAGCGAGUAACAUGUCCAUGUUCAGCACGGGCAUCCUUGUCCUGACGUCUCCUCUCCACACCCUUCCCUUACGCAUCGCUCCAGUGCUCAGCUCCGCUGCCCAGCUGGUGGACCGUACGCUGUACGUCCACCUCCACCCGGGGCUCAACCUGGGAGGUGGGAACCAACCUCGACCAGUUUUCAUUCCACCGGUAGUGGACCUGUCUGCGCUCAUCACCCGCCUUUACAGCAAUGCGGCGGACGUAUGCGGCCACCUGGAUGUUCGCGUUUUGCUAACUAAUGUCCGCGCUCAGUCGGCUGCCUGCAGCGGGGCAACGACUCCAACCUGCCCCUUCCCCACACCACAGUCUCUGUCUCACUCCCCGGAGGUGGUGCUAACAGACUUUGCCCUGCAGGACCCAGGUCAGUCCCAUCAGGUUACACUGUGUCUGCAGAGAUACACCGGUCACUGCUACGUCUGCAGCCCCAGCCUGCCGUCUGUGCUGCUUCACCCACAACUAACAAGUCUGCAGGAGAAGGAGGAGGGGCUGAAAGAUCCUGAGGAAACGGAAGCACCGCUGGAGACCUACACUGAUGUGGUAGUAGGGGGGACAUUUGACCGGCUGCAUGGGGCCCACAAGACGCUGCUCAAUAUCUCAUGCCUGUUGGCCAAUAGACGGUUCCUUAUUGGUGUGUGUGACCAAGCAAUGCUUAAAAAAAAAGUGCUAAAGGAGCUGAUCGAGCCCUACUCUCUGCGGGUCCAGAGACUACAGGAGUUCCUACAGGACACUAAACCGUCUCUACAGGUGGAGAUCGUUCCUCUGGACGACCCCUUUGGAGUGUCGAUAGUUGAUCCCCAGCUGCAGUGCAUUGUGGUUAGCGAGGAGACUCGAAAGGGAGGCGAGGCUGUCAACAAGAAGCGGCUUGAGAAUGGCCUUCCAGCUCUUGUCCUCCAUGAGAUCCAGUUGCUUAAAGAUGCCCACCACACCGAAACAGAGGAGGAGAAGAUCAGCUCCUCCAGUCUACGCUCUCGUCUGCUGGGAACCCUCCUCACCCCACCUAAAGACACGUCCCACCUCCCUCCCCUUCCGUAUGUGAUUGGUCUGACAGGAGGCAGCGGCAGUGGAAAGAGCUCCAUCGCCAGACAGCUGGAGGCUUUUGGUGCGGUUCGGAUCGACUGCGACAAACUGGGCCAUGAGGUGUACCAGCCCGGUGCAGCAGGAUAUCUCAGAGUGCUAGAAGAGUUUGGGUCAGAUAUUCUGAAUGAAGAUAAAACCAUAAACAGACGUGCAUUAGGAAGGAAAGUUUUUGGGAACCAGGAGCGAUUAAAAGCCCUCACGGACAUCGUAUGGCCUGAGAUUGCACUUCUGGUGAAGAACAGAGUCAGCCAAGCCAGAGACGAAGGUAAAGAGGUUUGUGUGGUGGACGCAGCAGUUCUUCUGGAGGCCGGCUGGACAGAUUUGGUCCAUGAGGUCUGGGUCUCCAUCAUCCCUGAGGAGGAGGCAGUGUUAAGGAUAACAGAGCGGGACGGUGUGACCACAGAAGAUGCAGUUCGCCGCCUGGAGAGUCAGUGGUCGAGCAGCAAGCAGGUGGAGCACGCUAACGUAGUGCUGAGCACGCUGUGGGAGCCAGAGGUGACUCAGAAACAGGUUCUGAAAGCUUGGAAUCUUCUUCAAAAGAGAAUCCAUCAGAGACGAGAGGGGCAAUAGGAACAUGUGAGAGUCUCUACAUCAUGCCAGCAGUGAACAAGCAUGUAUCAAGUCGAGGGACACGCGUGCACAAAAGACUGAUCCCUGUAAGGAAACACUGCCUUUGAAAGAAGUGAGGCUGCUCACUGAACCAUCGCAGCAGAUCCAACAAGUUCCCUCACUUCUCUGAUCAAGACUCAGUGCCUGUUCGUCUUUCUACAGGUUUUUAAAAUCUCAAAUUUUAUUUGAAAGAUGCUUAAUUGGAAGACGGAUGGAUGAAUUUAAAAAAAAAAGAUCCCUAACAACAUAAUUUUGGAAUUAAGGGAUCAAUAAAGUGUCAUAUUAACCGAACAACUGUAGGCCUGUUUUCAUCCAAAGAUUUUUUUAAUGGAAUCGCACGCCUUCAAAUGAAUAGUUCUUUGUAUGACACAGCAAUCUUUGAGGUUGAAUCCAGAUCAGCAAGUUCCAAAAUGUUGGGCAGAAUGUCAGCUGAUUACACUUUUCGAAUUGUCUUCUUUCCAUAUUUCUAAUUCUGCGCUUCGUUAGAAAAGCAACUGAUGGUAAGGAGAAAGUGAGGUCAUGUUAAGACUGAGUCACUGUUAAACCGUAGAACUGAUUGAUUCAUCUUUGCUCGUUCAGGGUUGUGAGAGUAUUUUAACAAGUUUCUAUCAUUGUUUAAUGAGGAAUAAUAAAUUACUGAACAUUGUAUUGUAGAAAUACAUGCAACAGAUGAUGGUUUGUAUUAAGACCUAUAUAGAUGUUGCAUCUAAUGAAAUUUAAAUACUUUGAGUUAGGAGCGAUAACAGUGAUAUAUGGAAAAUUAAAUGUUGUGUGAAUGAUACACGUAUGGUAUAAAUACUGAGUGCCAGUAACAACCUGUUCAGUUACGUCUCCCCCUCUCCAAGGUUGCAUUUUGAGUGUAAUUCAUCUCCCAAAGAGAGACAAAAAUGCACAAACAAAAGAUUUGUUCAACCAGUAGCCCAUGUUUUUUUUUUAAAUUCUAUAGAUAUUUAAAUAUCAGUAGGAAGUAUGAAUUUUUCUGGCCAAAUCUGAUAUGACAGCCCUAAAUUGGACAUUGUAAAAGCCUGAUAUCCUAAAAGGAUCAGUGCAUGCAUGGGUUAAUAAUGGAAAACACCUGGAUUGCCAUUUCACUGUAGUAAAUUAGUGAAUGUGGCCAGUAGACAAACUAUAGGAUUCCUUAAAAUAAGCAUUUAAAUAAUGAAAAGACAUCUAUUGGACAUUGCUAAAGUACAAUCCACAAAAAUGCACUCGACUAACUGCUGUAUUUUCUCUUACCAGAGCCAGUUUUCAUCUCUCUACAUGAGUUUGCCAGAAUAUUUGAGUAUUCAUGUCUCGGAAAGCACCUGAAAAGCCUCCAGGGGGCAGCUGAGUGUAAACUUACGUAUCAUAAGCCGCAGUAUAACCAGAACCGUCUUCUGUUUUAUUCUAACACUUGUUCAUUAACAGUUCCACGUGUCUUUUUACUGACUUGCAUGUCAUCUGCUAACUCAAUGGACUGCUUUAAAUUUGCACAGAACAUGAAAUGAAAUGUUUCCAUCAAUAAGUAAGUCCUGUUUUGAAUACAUGGUCGUGUUUUUGAAACAUUUAA